AUGAGAGAAGAUAGAGCUGAUUUGGACCAAGGAUUGGGAUGGAUCACGUUCUUGGCUAAGGGAGAGAAGAGAAUGGUGACCUUUAGGCAGCUUGGAAUCUUGUUUGGGUUCAACUAUGGAGAAGGUACCAAGUGGAACUUCAAGGAAAAGGAACUCCAAAGGGUUUGGGCUACAAUCGCUGAUGGAGUGUACUCUUCCUCAAGGUCCAAGGCAGCUCAGAUCAGGAGCCCAGUCUUGAUAUGUGCACAAGGCACUUGCCAACACCUUCUUUGCAAGGAAGGCGACCGGGACAAUCAACGAGGGGGAACUCAACUCCUACCUACAAGAUCACAGCCUACAACACUAGGCAUCAACGAGGAAGGCGCUAAGUGUUGGAGGGCUCAUCACACCUAUCUUGUGUGCUGCUGGAGAGUUGGAUGGGAGUUCCAAUUCAAGUUCACACAUCCAUUGGCUGGACCCUCCAAGCUUCUCCUGCCCAACCCAGAGCUCACCACAGUAGUAAGGGGUGAGAACAUUGACUUCAGACCCCCUGUGUACACAUUAGUUGGGCAUGAGGAUGAUUUGCGAGAAGAGGAGCCUGAGCUCGAUCGAGCUGAGUCGAGCUGA